AGUUUUAAUUAAACUUCAAAACGAGAAGCAUCUUUUAAAGUGAUAAAAACAUUUUCUACUCAACAUAUGUUUAUUUAGAUUAUUUCAAUAUGAAUUCAAUAUUGCGUAAAAGAAAUGUUUGUAAAAAAUUUCGUUCCGGCUUAUUAUUAUUUGCAUUUUCCUUUCUAAACGUUGCAUACAUGAUGUAUAAUUUUCUAUCAAAUAGUGCAUUAAUAAGUGUCAAAAAUGAACUUCUGACAGAACAUAAUAACUUUGACCUAGAAGAUGGAAUUACUGAUGAAGUUAAGAAAUACAUAGAAGAAUUAGGCCUGAAAAAUCCAGGAGAAAAUGGCGAACCAAUAAUUCUUCCUGAAAAUACGUCUGUUGAAAUAAAAAAACUGAUAGAUGAAGGAAAAGAAAAGUUUGGAUUCAAUGUUUUUAUAUCAAAUAUGAUCAGCCUGAAUCGAAAUAUUCCAGACUUUAGAAGUGAAAUUUGUAAAAACAAAACUUACCACGAAAAUUUACCCAAGAUUUCCAUCGUGAUACCAUUUCAUAACGAAGAAUGGAUGCUGCUUAUGCGGACAUUGCACUCAAUAUUGCUUCGAUCCCCUCUAAAAUAUGUUGAAGAAAUUCUCCUUAUUGAUGAUGCCUCUGAUAAAGAAUGAUAUAAUUCAUUGUCUCGAAAUAGAGCGNAUUAAUUAAAAAAUUUUCAGUUUGAUAGUCACGUUGAGGUUGCCCCUGGAUGGCUUGAACCAAUUCUUGACCGAUUUGUUGGGAACAAAAAGAAACUUGUGGUUCCCGUUCUUUGCGGUGUUCAUGCAACUACAUUUGAACCUCUUAUAAAGCAAAGAGACUUAAGCUACAUUAAUGGCGUAAACUGGAAAUUAGAUAUGAAUUGGUAAGUUUUAAACAUAAACAUUUAAAAAAAACUUCAACUCUGAUCAAGGCUUUACGAUUUUAUAGGAUGAAACACGAGAAAAUGCAGCGAUGCGAAGAGAAAGAACGCUACGAGCCUCACAAAACUGUCACAAUCCCAACUGGCCACACCAUUUCAAAGGAUUUUUUCAUGGAACUUGGAAUGUAUGAUCCCGAAACCAUAUGGGGAGGAGAAGACCUUGAAUUAAGCCUUAAGGUAUGGCUUUGUGGCGGAGAAGUUGAGAUUAUUCCUUGUUCAUUUUUAGCACAUGUAUAUAGAACUCACAAGUAUACAGAACCUGGGAAGGGAUUUAGAUGGAAUACUGGUCGUAUGGCUGAAAUCUGGCUUGAUGACUAUAAACGAUAUUAUUAUCGUGCUACAAAUACUUCUCCAGAUUUCGGUGACAUUUCAAAACAAAUUGAAAUUAAAGAAAGGAAUAAAUGCAAACCAUUCAAAUGGUUUCUGGAGAAUGUUUACAACAUCCCUAUACCUGACGAAAUUAAGGAUCCUUGAAAAUAAUUAAAUUAACGAAAAUUAAAAUUUUCUUUAUAGAUAGAUAGAUAUGUUUUAUUUACCGUAAUGGUAUUU